AUGACACUGGAUUACACUUCUCUUCAGUACGUUCUCUUCAUUAUCCGUGGCUGGGUUCAGCCUUGGACCUCCGGUCUCUUCAUUAUCCGUGGCUGGGUUCAGCCUUGGACCUCCGGUCUCUUCAUUAUCCGUGGCUGGGUUCAGCCUUGGACCUCCGGUCUCUUCAUUAUCCGUGGCUGGGUUCAGCCUUGGACCUCCGGUCUCUUCAUUAUCUGUGGCUAGGUUCAGCCUUGGACUCCUCUUCACACGUGGCAUAGUGAAUAGUAAUGAUCCCGUCUUUCCCUCUAGGAAAGGUGCUAACUUCAAAGUCAAGUAAAUCACAACCCCAUGCAGUGUUACAUUCACAUGACAACACAACACUGUUUUAUUGGUAUCCAUGCUGCUGAGAGUAGCCUUAAUAUAGAUGGCUGUCAUGUGGAUACCGUCAGCAAUGUUUUUCUAACUCAACAGGCUUAUAAUGAGUCUAACCCUAACCCUAUAAUGAGUCUCACCUGAGUUCUUCAUCAUGAAGAUUUACAUUUGACAUUUUAGUCAUUUAGCAGAUGCUCUUCUCCAGAGCAAUUUACAGGAGCAAUUAGGGCACAUUGACAGAUUCUUUCAACUUGUUGGCUCUAACCACUACGCUAGAUGACAUAAAGAUAGUCAGAUAAGAUCACAGGAUACAACAAUUGAACAUCUUGCCAUUCUGGCUGAUUCCAAACAAGUUAAAUUAAAUCCUUCAAAUAUGUAUUGCUACUUUAGGGAUGCUUUUAUAUAUAUAUAUAUAUAUAUAUAUAUAUAUUUUGUCAUUUAGCAGACGCUCUUAUCCAGAGCAAUUAGGGUUAAGUGCCUUGCUCAAGGGCACAUUGACAGCUUUUCACAUAGUCGGCUCAGGGAUUAGAACCAGCGACCUUUGGGCUACUGGCACAACGCUCUUAACCAGUAAGCUACCUGGCAGUUAGACGUCACCACCAUCUCAAUGCAAAAUGUCCCUAUUGCAAAGUUUUCAUAGGGUAGUCAUAGAUGUAUUCUCAAGACAGUGUACUAGCUCUGUCCCUGUGUAGAUAGACUUUUCAUGAGACAUAAAAGAUGCAGAGUUCACUGAACGCUUCUCAACACAGGCUGUGCAUAAUCUCUGAGAUGGAUAUUAAAUAACGGCGCUGGGAGAGAAAUGAAAGGUAGAUUGAUACUCUCUUUAUUACCUCCUAACCAAUGGGGUGUGGGUGACUACAGCCCCUAUAAGGCUUAUUGUAAAUGCUCAGAGAUCGGAUGGAUAGGCCUGGAAUGCAGCGGGACGGGAAUAACAAAUUCAUGUGUUAGUGAUUGGAUGUAAGUUGUUGGAAUUAAUUCAAAAAUAACUUUGAAAAGCUAAGCGUUAUUGAAGACAGUUCCUCAGACAUCCACGUUUAACCCCAAUGUAGUACAGCUGUGUGUUGAGUGGCCCAGUGGUCUAAGGCACUGCAUCGCAGUAGCUAGCUGUGCCACUAGAGAUCCUGGUUCGAAUCCAGGCUCUGUCGCAAGCAGACCGGGAGACCCAUGGGUGGCGCACAAGUUGUCCAAGGUAUGGGAGGGUUUGGCCGGCAGGGAUGUGGGUUGCUAACUGUAAGUUGCUCUGGAUAACAGCAUCUACUAAAAUGUAUAAAGGAUGUUAUGUAUUAUUUAUUUAAGAUGUCUUCCAAGGUUUGACAUUAAAAGGGCAUCGUGAAUAAUAAGGAAGUCAUAUUGAGACUACAGUCUCCUUUACAGAUGAGUCCUGCAUAAAUACAUCAAACACAUACAGUAUGCAAUAUACACAAAUUACAAAACAGAUUAAGAAAAAACAGACACAUUUAUCAACAUAGAGUUCUCUGAUCAUUACUCUGAACUGACCCAGUGGGACCAGAACAUCUCAUUUCAGAGAGCUCUGUAAGUUGUUCUACAUGAAGCGGGCAAAAAACUAUAAGCAGCUUUAGCCAACUCUGUGGAGACCGAAGGGGCCUCCAGUGUUAUCCAAACCAGUGACUGGGUUUGGUCAUUUGUAAGUCUAAAUUGAAUUAAUGAUGAUAGAUACAUAGGAAGUUUCUGCGUGAGUGCUUUGUAGAUAAACACAAUAAAAUACUGCUCUUUCCUUACAUACAAAAGGUCUAACAAACCUGUUGAUAUAAAACACAAUGGUGAGUUCUAGAACCAUCACCAGUAAUAAACUUAAGGGCCCGAUGGUGAGUUCUAGAACUAUCACCAGUAAUAAACCUAAGGGCACAAUGGUGAGUUCUAGAACCAUCACCAGUAAUAAACCUAAGGGCCCAAUGGUGAGUUCUAGAACCAUCACCAGUAAUAAACCUAAGGGCCCAAUGGUGAGUUCUAGAACCAUCACCAGUAAUAAACCUAAGGGCCCAAUGGUGAGUUCUAGAAACAUCACCAGUAAUAAACCUAAGGGCACAAUGGUUAGUUCUAGAACCAUCACCAGUAAUAAACCUAAGGGCACAAUGGUUAGUUAUAGAACCAUCACCAGUAAUAAACCUAAGGGCACAAUGGUGAGUUCUAGAACCAUCACCAGUAAUAAACCUAAGGGCACAAUGGUUAGUUCUAGAACCAUCACCAGUAAUAAACCUAAGGGCACAAUGGUGAGUUCUAGAACCAUCACCAGUAAUAAACCUAAGGGCCCAAUGGUGAGUUCUAGAACCAUCACCAGUAAUAAACCUAACGGCACAAUGGAUAGUUCUAGAACCAUCACCAGUAAUAAACCUAAGGGCAAUAUGGUGAGUUCUAGAACCAUCACCAGUAAUAAACCUAAGGGCACAAUGGUGAGUUCUAGAACCAUCACCAGUAAUAAACCUAAGGGCACAAUGGUGAGUUCUAGAACCAUCACCAGUAAUAUACCUAUGGGCCCAAUGGUGAGUUCUAGAACCAUCACCAGUAAUAAACCUAAGGACCCAAUGGUGAGUUCUAGAACCAUCACCAGUAAUAAACCUAAGGGCCCAAUGGUGAGUUCUAGAACCAUCACCAGUAAUAAACCUAAGGGCCCAAUGGUGAGUUCUAGAACCAUCACCAGUAAUAAACCUAAGGGCCCAAUGGUUAGUUCUAGAACCAUCACCAGUAAUAAACCUAAGGGCCCAAUGGUUAGUUCUAGAACCAUCACCAGUAAUAAACCUAAGGGCCCAAUGGUGAGUUCUAGAACCAUCACCAGUAAUAAACCUAAGGGCCCAAUGGUUAGUUCUAGAACCAUCACCAGUAAUAAACCUAAGGGCACAAUGGUGAGUUCUAGAACCAUCACCAGUAAUAAACCUAAGGGCACAAUGGUGAGUUCUAGAAUCAUCACCAGUAAUAAACCUAAGGGCCCAAUGGUGAGUUCUAGAAUCAUCACCAGUAAUAAACCUAAGGGCCCAAUGGUGAGUUCUAGAACCAUCACCAGUAAUAAACCAGUAAUAAAAAAAGGGCACAAUGGAAAACAGCAUCUAGUGGUUUAAGUGUAGAUGCUGUUGCAUGCAUAUAGAUCAUAUCCCCAGAAUCUAAAAUAGACAUAACAGUGUCCUGGACAAUUUCCUUCCUAUUAACAAAAGUCAGACAAAUGUUGUUUCUGUAAAAUAAACCCAACCUUGAAAUUCAACUUCUUCACCAGCUCAAUGGCAUGUUUUUUUUUUUUAUGACAGUUUGUCAUCAAGAUAUUUGUAAGAAGGAACUCUCUCAAUGUGUGUACCGUUCAAACUAGUCAUUCCAAAUUCAUUUCAAUAUGGGUUAUGGGACCUAGAAAAAAGCAUGCAUUUUAGUUUGUUUGCAUGUAGCACUAACUUUAAAUCCAAUAGUGACCUCUGCAGUUUUUGAAAAUCAGAUUUCAAAUGUGAAAAGGCUUUGGCCAACCAAUGGAGCAAUGGAAUACAACACUGUAUCAUCUGCAUACAUUUUUAUUUUGACAGCAUUACCAAUGUUCUUUAUAUAAAUUGUAAACAGUAGUGGGCAGAAUAUUGAACCUUGGGGCACCCCUUUAUGUAACUCAAGGAACUCAGAUUUGACCCCAUCUACCUUGAUGGCCUGAGUUUUGUCAUUGAGAUAAUUAUGAAACCAUCGGCAAGCAUCAGUAGCCAACCCUAUCGAGGACAGUUUAUUCAACAGAGUAACAUGGUCUACAGUAUCAAAAGCUUUUGACAAGUCUACAAACAUGGCAGCACAAUUCUUUCUAAGGCAUUUGCAAUAUUAUUUACAACAACCAUGGUAGCCGUAGUGGUGCUAUGUUUAGAUCUGAAUCUGGAUUUAUUAACAUUAAGGAUACCUUUUACAGAUAGAAAAUAGCACAGCUGUUUGUUGACCAAUGAUUCUAGUAUUUUCGUAAGACAAGGGAGCCUGGAAAUGGGUUGAUAAUGAUCUGCGGUCCUCUGUAGCUCAGCUGGUAGAGCAUGGCCCUUGUAACGCCAGGGUAGUGGGUUCGAUCCCCGCGACCACCCAUAUGUAUGCAAACAUGACUGCAAGUUGCUUUGGAUAAAAACGUCUGCAAAAUGGCAUACUAUUAUAUCCCUGCCCUUAUGGAGUGGGAGAGAAGACGUUCCACACUUUUGGAAUAUUUCUUGAUACUAAAGUUAAAUAAAAAAAAUGUGUGUUACUGAGCCAGCAAUGAGGGGCACUGCAUACUUAAGCAAAGACGGGUCCUCAUGACAAGUCUUAUAAUUUAACCUGGCUUACCUGGUUAAAUAAAGGUGAAAUUAAAAAAAAAAAAAAAAAAAAAAAAAUGCAUCACAACGGCAUCAUAAAGCAUUAUACCUGCAGCCUUUAAGUCUCCCUUGGUCCAGGUCUCCCUUGUAAAAGAGACCUCAAUGGGACUUCCUGGAUAAAUACAAGUUAAAUAAAUGAAAUAAAAAGUAUAGUGUUACCAUAAAUUCUAAUCCCAAUAACCUGAAAGUUGUUCUUGCUAUAAGAAGCAGAGCAACUGCCAUCGUAUCUCCAUGCUCCAUCUUUGGAUGGCCUAGUUUUGGUGUUGGCAAUGACCUUUGCCCUCCAGCCAGGUUUUAGCACACAAAGCGUUGAUAUAAUUGGUGGAACUAUCUAUCAAGCAAACUGGCAUCAAAUAGGAAAACACUGAUAUAUGAAUACUGUCAGAUGGCGCUGAAAACCAUAGGCUGUUGAUUUACUGUUGACUAUUGACUCAUUUACCUUUGGCUUCGUCAUAGAGAGAGAUCAGACAGAGGCCAUAUUUUCUAUCUAAUAACAAUACAUGGAGCAUGUUAUAGAAAACUGUAUUAACUACAGUGGCUUGCGAAAGUAUUCACCCCCCUUGGCAUUUUUCCUAUUUUGUUGCCUUACAACCUGGAAUUAAAAUUGAUUUUUUGGGGAGUUUGUAUCAUUUGAUUUACACAACAUGCCUACCACUUUGAAGAUGCAAAAUAUUUUUUAUUGUGAAACAAACAAGAAAUAAGACAAAAAAAACAGAAAACUUGAGCGUGCAUAACUAUUCACCCCCCCCUCAAAGUCAAUACUUUGUAGAGCCACCUUUUGCAGCAAUUACAGCUGCAAGUCUCUUGGGGUAUGUCUCUAUAAGCUUGGCACAUCUAGCCACUGGGAUUUUUGCCCAUUCUUCAAGGCAGAACUGCUCCAGCUCCUUCAAGUUGGAUGGGUUCCGCUGGUGUACAGCAAUUUUUAAGUCAUACCACAGAUUCUCAAUUGGAUUGAGGUCUGGGCUUUGACUAGGCCAUUCCAAGACAUUAAACCACUUGAGUGUUGCUUUAGCAGUAUGCUUAGGGUCAUUGUCCUGCUGGAACGUGAACCUCCAUCCCAGUCUCAAAUCUCUGGAAGAUUGAAACAGGUUUCCCUCAAGUAUUUCCCUGUAUUUAGCGGCAUCCAUUAUUCCUUCAAUUCUGACCAGUUUCCCAGUCCCUGCCGGAUGGUGUUCUCGGGGUGAUGAGAAGUGUUGGGUUUGCGCCAGACAUAGCGUUUUCCUUGAUGGCCAAAAAGCUCAAUUUUAGUCUCAUCUGACCAGAGUAACUUCUUCCAUAUGUUUGGGGAGUCUCCCACAUGGCUUUUGGCAAACACCAAACGUGUUUUCUUAUUGUUUUCUUUAAGCAAUGGCUUUUUUCUGGCCACUCUUCUGUAAAGCCCAGCUCUGUGGAGUGUACGGCUUAAAGUGGUCCUAUGGACAGAUACUCCAAUCUCCGCUGUGGAGCUUUGCAGCUCCUUUAGGGUUAUCUUUGGUCUCUUUGUUGCCUCUCUGAUUAUUGCCCUUCUUGCCUGGUCCGUGAGUUUUUGUGGGCGGUCCUCUCUUGGCAGGUUUGUUGUGGUGCCAUAUUCUUUCAUUUUUUAAAUAAUGGAUUUAAUGGUGCUCCAUGGGAUGCUCAAAGUAUUGAAUAUUUUUUUAUAACCCAACCCUGAUCUGUACUUCUACGCAACUUUGUCCCUGACCUGUUUGGAGAGCUCCUUGGUCUUCAUGGUGCCGCUUGCUUGGUGGUGCCCCUUGCUUAGUGGUGUUGCAGACUCUGGGGCCUUUCAGAACAGGUGUAUAUAUACUGAGAUCAUGUGCCAGAUCAUGUGACACUUAGAUUGCACACAGGUGGACAUUAUUUAACAAAUUAUGUGACUUCUGAAGGUAAUUGGUUGCACCAGAUCUUAUUUAGGGGCUUCAUAACAAAGGGGGUGAAUACAUUCCCACUUAAAAAGAUGAGAGAGGCCUGUAAUUUUCAUCAUAGGUACACGUCAACUAUGACAGACAAAAUGAGAAAAAAAAUUCCAGAAAAUCACAUUGUAGGAUUUUUCAUGAAUUUAUUUGCAAAUUAUGGUGGAAAAUAAGUAUUUGGUCAAUAACAAAAGUUUCUCAAUACUUUGUUAUAUACCAUUUGUUGGCAAUGACACAGGUCAAACGUUUUCUGUAAGUCUUCACAAGGUUUUCACACACUGUUGCUGGUAUUUUGGCCCAUUCCUCCAUGCAGAUCUCCUCUAGAGCAGUGAUGUUUUGGGGCUGUCACUGGGCAACACGGACUUUCAACUCCCUCCAAAGAUUUUCUAUGGGGUUGAGAUCUGGAGACUGGCUAGGCCACUCCAGGACCUUGAAAUGCUUCUUACGAAGCCACUCCUUCGUUGCCCGGGCGGUGUGUUUGGGAUCAUUGUCAUGCUGAAAGACCCAGCCACGUUUCAUCUUCAAUGCCCUUGCUGAUGGAAGGAGGUUUUCAAUCAAAAUCUCACGAUACAUGGCCCCAUUCAUUCUUUCCUUUACACGGAUCAGUCGUCCUGGUCCCUUUGCAGAAACACAGCCCCAAAGCAUGAUGUUUCCACCCCCAUGCUUCACAGUAGGUAUGGUGUUCUUUGGAUGCAACUCAGCAUUCUUUGUCCUCCAAACACGACGAGUUGAGUUUUUACCAAACAGUUAUAUUUUGGUUUCAUCUGACCAUAUGACAUUCUCCCAAUCCUCUUCUGAAUCACCAAAAUGCACUCUAGCAAACUUCAGACGGGCCUGGACGUACUGGCUUAAGCAGGGGGACACGUCUUGCACUGCAGGAUUUGAGUCCCUGGCGGCGUAGUGUGUUACUGAUGGUAGGCUUUGUUACUUUGGUCCCAGCUCUCUGCAGGUCAUUCACUAGGUCCCCCCGUGUGGUUCUGGGAUUUUUGCUCACCGUUCUUGUGAUCAUUUUGACCCCACGGGGUGAGAUCUUGCGUGGAGCCCCAGAUCGAGGGAGAUUAUCAGUGGUCUUGUAUGUCUUCCAUUUCCUAAUAAUUGCUCCCACAGUUGAUUUCUUCAAACCAAGCUGCUUACGUAUUGCUGAUUCAGUCUUCCCAGCCUGGUGCAGGUCUACAAUUUUGUUUCUGGUGUCCUUUGACAGCUCUUUGGUCUUGGCAAUAGUGGAGUUUGGAGUGUGACUGUUUGAGGUUGUGGACAGGUGUCUUUUAUACUGAUAACAAGUUCAAACAGGUGCCAAUAAUACAGGUAACGAGUGGAGGACAGAGGAGCCUCUUAAAGAAGAAGUUACAGGUCUGUGAGAGCCAGAAAUCUUGCUUGUUUGUAGGUGACCAAAUACUUAUUUUCCACCAUCAUUUGCAAAUAAAUUCAUAAAAAAUCCUACAAUGUGAUUUUCUGGAAAAAUAAUUCUCAAUUUGUCUGUCAUAGUUGACGGGUACAUAUGAUGGAAAUUACAGGCCUCUCUCAUCUUUUUAAGGGAACCAUAACAAGGGGUGAAAAUACAUAUGUACGCACCACUUUUCUGUUAUAUAUUUUUUUCAUUUCACUUUACCAAUUUGGACUAUUUUGUGUAUGUCCAUUACAUGAAAUCCAAAUAAAAAUCCAUUUAAAUUACAGGUUGUAAUGCAACAAAAUAGGAAAAAACGCCAAGGGCAAUGAAUACAUUUGCAAGGCACUGUAAUGUUAAUGAUUACAUUGUAUGAUUAUAUUCUAUGAUAAUAUGAUUCUAAUGUGAGACAUGGUGGGUUGUCGAAAUAUGUCCAUUCAUUAUAAUGAAGAAUGUAGUGUUUUCAUAUGGCAGGGCAUUCAUGGAAUCUUUCACAUUCCAGUUCUUCUCAGAUACUCCGUAAAUGAGGCUCUGAGUUAAUUUGCUGUUAACAUGAGCAAUGUAUCUCUAAUCUAUGACUCAGCAUUCAAAUGAAGGUUAUUGCAUACAGUAACACCUAUCCACCACACUGGAAGAUGUAGGCCGCAUCCCAAAAUGGCACCCUAUUCCCUAUAUACUCCAGUGCACAUAUAUUCUACUUUUGACCGGGGCCAAAUCUUAGUGUUUUCCCAUGUUUCCUGCCCGUGACGAUCUGACUGAAAUCCCAAGCUACUUAUCUUUAAAACCCUGACGACACCUCAAGGUCAACUCAUGUACCAAACGUACUGCCUCACGCUAGCUGAACUCAUCAAACAUUAAUACAAGAUUGUCUAUUGCCUCGCACCCACCCUCCCUGCAAGGAAAUUAUUAAUUGGUUGAUUACCGCAAUGUAACGGAUUGAUGGAAUAUGUGAACUAAUAACCUUUUCAUGUCUUUUGUGUUCAACGGGGUGUCAUCAAAGGUUCAUUGUGUAAAACUGCUGUUAAUUUGCUCUCAUAGACAUUGGAGAGAUGCAGGCUCAGAGCUAGUUAGGUUGAUAGGUCAAGUUCAACCCUCUCCAUUAGAGAGAAUCAUACUAAUUACAGUCAGAAUAUAUGGGUCUGGAAUGCAACCCUAUUUCCUAUAUAGUGCACUAUUUUUGAUCAUAGAGCUCUGGUCAAAAGUAGUGCACUAUACAGGGAAUAUGGUGCCAUUUUCAGACGUAACCUGGGUGUCAUGUAACUUUUGCAGUGACAAGAUUCUUUCUCUUCCCCUCUCUCUCUCUCUCUCUCUCUCUCUCUCUCUCUCUCUCUCUCUCUCUCUCUCUCUCUCUCUCUCUCUCUCUCUCUCUCUCUCUCUCUCUCUCUCUCUCUCUCUCUCUCUAUGCCAGUGACAGAGUUGCAGCCUUACAAGAAAAGCUCCCAUCCUCUCUGAUUAUGGACUUAGCAGGUCAGGCUAAUGUGCUGGUGGUGUUGCUCACCUGCCUGGUCCUGCUGUCCUGGGCCCAAGAGAAAGACUACACGGUGAGGGAGGAGCAGCCCGAGAAUGUCCGCAUCGGGAAUCUGCGGAAGGACUUGGACCUUAACCUUGACCCUGACUUAAAGCUGUCCUCGCCACUGCAGUUCAAGCCCGUCUACAAAACGGGCGAUGUGCCUUUGGUGAGGGUGGAGGCCAACACUGGGGAGAUCUUCACCACGGCUCACCGCAUCGACCGCGAGAAGCUCUGCUCGGGAGUAUUCAACGAGAAGCGCUGCUUCUACGAGAUCGAGGUAGCCGUUCUGCCUGACGAGAUCUUCCGUCUGGUCAAGAUCCGGUUCCUGAUUGAGGACGUCAAUGACAACGCUCCACUCUUCCAGUCCACCGUUAUAAACAUCUCCAUCCCAGAGAACACAGCCAUCAACACCCGGUACCCCGUGCCCUCUGCGUUUGACCCAGAUGUGGGGAUCAAUGGGAUUCAACACUAUGAACUUGUCAAGGUGAGCUCGCACACUUCUCUCUGUCAGGAUCGAGUGACUGACAUUAAGAUCAAUAGAUUGUAUGCUUUAGGAAUUGUUUGUUUUCUUCCUUAUUUGUGGGGAAAACAGUUACACAAAUUAUAUAAAAUGUGGCAUUUACCGCUAGCAUAAAUCAUUUUAACAUUCCAUCAAAGACAGAGCAGUUCUAUAAGUUUUAGCAACCCCUCCCCAGUCUCACCGCUGUUUACCUGCAUUAGGUUGAACAUAUAAGGCAAUGUGUUAGUAGAGCUGUUGUUUGUAGUUAGACUUUCUGGGCCACGUACCACGCUUAAAUCAGAACAGAGCCUUAGGCCACCGUGGAACCACCAUGCUUUCUUUGAAAAGGCUUUAUGUCAUUAUGUGUAGCAAGUGAUAAGCAAAGGUGUAGUUUCGCUGUAAACCCAUAACACGGAAAAUUGCAGACACAGCGUAAUCCUCCAAUUUUCCGGAGAAAAAGGUUAAAUGUCGGGAGUAUUGUAGAUUAUUGCCUAGAAAAGGAACGUACUAUAUUGUGUUAAUAGGUGUCUCAUGCCGAACCCCAACGUUAUUUUUAUAACCUAAUUGAUGUUCUAUUAAAUCGCAGCGCAAUAUUCUCAGUUGCCUUAAUGAAGUCGGCCUGAAAAAAAAAUAGUAGGAUAAUGUCAUGCAUUCUCCAUUUAUAGUCUACACAAUACUCGAGACAUAGUGGAAAAAGAUGAAUAUUGCAGAUUAUCUGAGGCCUGCUUGUGAAUUCAAAUUCAGAUUUUUUUUAAAGGGAGCUAAACCACACCAUUUGCUUUGCCGAUGAGGCACUAAACACACAUAAAGGCAGGAACAUCAUUAUCUUCUAACAUUAUCUUCUAUUACAAGCAUCUACAUGAAAUGUGGCGCAGUGGUCUAAGGCACUGCAUCGCAGUGCUAGCUGUGCCACUAGAGAUCCUGGAUCGAAUCCAGGCUCUGUCGUAGCCGGCCACGACCGGGAGACCCAUGGGGCGGUGCACAAUUGGUCCAGGGUAGGGGAGGGAAUGGCCGGCAGGGAUUUAGAGCAUAGCGUUUGCAACGCCAGGGUUGUGGGUUCGAUUCCCACGGGGGGGCCAGUAUGAAAAAUAAAAAGAUAAUGUAAGUCGCUCUGGAUAAGAGCGUCUGCUAAAUGACUAAAAUGUAAAUGUAAAAGGUUGUUGUCUCAAUCACGGUGACAUGAUGAUGUUUUUUGGGAGUGUGAGAUGAUACGAGUCUAUCAGGAUGUCUCAGAUUAAGUUUUUCUUUGUGUGAACAUUAACAGUAUCCUUGCUGCCCAUGUCUGACUUGAUUACCAAUUUGCAUUUUUAUGAGUCAUUUCUGUGCCAAGGCCUCCCCCGCUGAAAAUGUCCUGAAUUGUUCAUGCCUGGAAAAUGACCAGCCAAACGUUCUGCACAUAGCAACGAUGAUGAUCUCCAGUCAUUGUCUCCUCCUCAUGUAUAUUAUAGAUUUUUUACAUCCUUGUUUUAUUUAUUCAAUGUAUUUAUUUAGAUUCAUUUUAUCUUUCCUAUUCUUGUUUUUUUUUAUAUAGUUUAUUUCGAUUUCAGUUGCAUCUCAUCUUCCUUGGGGAAAUAUUGCUGUUUCAUAUAUAUCUAUCCAUCCUUUUCAUUCAAAAUAGGUUUUCUGAAAAGCAGUCCAUAAACACAGCAUAAAGGUACAGUACCCAUGAGGGCAUAUAUUCAAGUGAAUUUCAUAAAUGCACCGUACAGUCUUUAGUUCGAUGGAGGCUUGUGCAAGCAUUUCCUAUAAUAGCUGCUGGGUCUUUAAUCCACCCCUUGGACUAUCUUUGUAUUUGUCCUCAGAGAUUUGUCUGUGGAGCUCCACACAGAAUAAUAGUUUACUACCACAGCGUUCCUGUUAUGUCCCCUGACAUGGAAGCUGAAACUGCUUCCCCCUGUGUGUCAUCACAGUGUUCCUGUUAUGUCCCCUGACAUGGAAGCUGAAACUGCUUCCCCUGUGUGUCAUCACAGUGUUCCUGUUAUGUCCCUGACAUGGAAGCUGAAACUGCUUCCCCUGUGUGUCAUCACAGUAGGCCAGUUCUGUCCCCUCAGCUGACAGACAUGUAGGCUAGCUGAUAUCAGAAAAGGACAGAUUAGAUGUGACAGCCACCUAAAUUCAAAGCCAGGUUUGGUCUGUCUUUUCAUAUAGAGGGUUAAUAAAUAAUGCCAUUCCAUAUAGUCUGUUUUAAAUCACACAUAAUGUUCAUUAACACUUUACUUGAAGGGGGUAUAGGCCUAAAUAAGGCAUUCGUAACACCUUUAUGAAAUCAGUCAUGCCACCUUAAUAAUGAGCGUAGCGGUAUCGUUCAUAACAACCUUUUAAUUAUGGGAUUCUAAAAUGGAAUGUGUACCAUUAGCAGCGUCAUCUUGGAAUGCAGCAAAGGUGUUCUAAGAACACAUCCAAGGUCAGGGGAAAGUAAUACCAUGCAUGGUCUCUGGUCAAAACGAGGGCACUAUAUAGGGAAUAGGGUACCAUUUGAGACGUUGACCGUGUGAAGCAGGUCAGGUUCAAGGUAUGGAGGUAUUGACUUUUGUUGUUUCGGGUUCUACCCUCCUCCAAAACGUUAUUUUUCUCCAAGCAUUUAAAGAGGUUUUGCACCACACUGCAGGAAACCGAAUCCUUCCUAUUUUGAGUCAUUUUCAGUAUCUCUUAUCGCUUAACAACAUUUGUUGUGGGCGGGUGCUGUCGGGAUCACCUUGUGUAGAUCAAUAUCUUGCUAUAGGAGAGCCAGAUAAACUCGUUGUUGAGAGAAAGAGGGACUCUUUAUUUCAGUGGGUGGAUUUGGAGCAACAACUCUUCUUUGUUUACAAAUUAUGUUCUGGGGAUAUACAUCUAACUUGUUUGCCCGGCUAUUAGGAGCAUAUGGUAGCACAAUUAGGUUCUGCCGUCAUAGAAAAUCAGUAAAGCCUGAAUACAUUUAUGUGUUCAUUUACAGAUGCCAGUUAAUGCCGUAAUACUGUAAUAGAUACAACAUGUGUUGGAGCUCAAAUAACUCAAAUUGGCAUUUCAUAAUUGAUUAAUGUUCUUCAUUGGAUGAUGCUUGCUGUAAACAAAGCGCUCAGCUAGCUCACUGCCUGUGUUCAGCUCACUGCCUGUGUUCAGCUCACUGCCUGUGUUCAGCUCACUGCCUGUGUUCAGUUCACUGCCUGUGUUCAGCUCACUGCCUGUGUUCAGCUCACUGCCUGUGUUCAGCUCACUGCCUGUGUUCAGCUCACUGCCUGUGUUCAGUUCACUGCCUGUGUUCAGCUCACUGCCUGUGUUCAGCUCACUGCCUGUGUUCAGCUCACUGCCUGUGUUCAGCUCACCGCCUGUCCCAGUCUCCUCUAGGUUUAAUCAGGUCAUCAACUUGAUUCAGUCCCAGUCUCCUCUAGGUUUAAUCAGGUCAUCAACUUGAUUCAAAGAUGCAUCAGAUGAUAAUCUGAAAUAUUGAAAAGGUCUGCAGAGAGGGGACUUUAGUCAGCCGCACCCAGUUUCUGCUAACACCGGCUCUAAAUCAUUUAUUGCUACUGAGAUGGAACUUUGACUGUCGUGAUUAGAUGACUAACAUCAUUGGGCGACUAACAUCAUUGGGCGACUAACAUCAUUGGGCGACUAACAUCAUUGGGCGACUAACAUCAUUGGGCGACUAACAUCAUUGGGCGACUAACAUAAUUGAAUUACUAACAUCAUUGGGCGACUAACAUCAUUGGGCGACUAACAUCAUUGGGCGACUAACAUCAUUGGGCGACUAACAUCAUUGGGCGACUAACAUCAUUGGGCGACUAACAUCAUUGGGCGACUAACAUAAUUGAAUUACUAACAUCAUUGGGCGACUAACAUCAUUGGGCGACUAACAUCAUUGGGCGACUAACAUCAUUGAAUUACUAACAUCAUUGGGCGACUAACAUCAUUGGGCGACUAACAUCAUUGGACUACUAACAUCAUUGGACUACUAACAUCAUUGGGCGACUAACAUCAUUGGGCGACUAACAUCAUUGGACUACUAACAUCAUUGGGCGACUAACAUCAUUGGGCGACUAACAUCAUUGGACUACUAACAUCAUUGGACUACUAACAUCAUUGGGCGACUAACAUCAUUGGGCGACUAACAUCAUUGGACUACUAACAUCAUUGGGCGACUAACAUCAUUGGGCGACUAACAUCAUUGGAAUAUUUGUAUUUGUAUUUGUAUUUAUUAUGGAUCCCCAUUAGUUCCUGCCAAGGCAGCAGCUACUCUUCCUGGGGUCCAGCAAAAUGAAGUCAGUUCAUACAAUUUUAAAAACAUUACAAUACUUUCACAGAUUUCACAACACACUGUGUGCCCUCAGGCCCCUACUCCAUCACCACAUAUCUACAGUACAAAAAUCCAUGUGUACGUGUGUGUAUAGUGCGUAUGUUAUCGUGUGUGUGUAUGCUUCACAGUCCCCGCUGUUCCAUAAGGUGUUUUUUAAUCUGUUUUUUUUUAAAUCUAAUUUUACUACUUGCAUCAGUUACUUGAUGUGGAAUAGAGUUCCAUGUAGUCGUGCCGCCCAUAGUCUGUUCUGGACUUGGGGGCUGUGAAGAGACCUCUGGUGGCAUGUCUUGUGGGGUGUGCAUGGUGACCAAGCUGCACCAGUAGUUCAAACAGACAGCUCGGUGCACCCAACAUGUCAACACCUCUCAUAAACACAAGUAGUGAUGAAGUCAAUUUCUCCUCCACUUUGAGCCAGGAGAGAUCGACAUGCAUUAGCAUUAGCUCUCUGUGUACAUCCAAGGGCCAGCCGUGCUGCCCUGUUCUGAGCCAAGGCCUUUUUAUGUGGCACCUGAGCACACGACUGAACAGUAGUCCAGUUGUGACAAAACUAGGGCCUGUAGGACCUGCCUUGUUGAUAAUGCUGUUAAGAAGGUAGAGUAGCGCUUUAUUAUGGACAUACUUCUCCCCAUUUUAGUUACUGUUGUAUCAAUAUGUUUUGACCAUAACAGUUUACAAUCCAGGGUUACUCCAAGCAGUUUAGUCACCUCAACUUGCUCAAUUUCCACAUUAUUUAUUAGAAGAUUUAGUUGAGGUUUAGGGUAUAGUGAAUGAUUUGUCCCAAAUACAAUGAUUUUAGUUUAAGAAAUAUUUAGGACUAACUUAUUCCUUGCCAUCCACUCUGAAACUAACUGCAACUCUUUGUGAAGUGUUGCAGUCAUUUCAGUCGCUGUAGUAGCUAACAUGUAUAGUGUUGAGUCAUCCGCAUACAUAGACACUCAGUCUUUACUCAAAGCCAGUGGCAUGUCAUUAGUAAAUAUUGAAACAAGUAAUGGACCUAGACAGCUGCCCUGGGGAAUUCCAGAUUCUACCUGGAUUAUGUUGGAGAGGCUUCCAUUAAAGAACACACUAAAGCCGCACUGAAGUCUAACAAAACAGCCCCCACAAUAUUUGUAUCAUCAAUUUCUCUGAGCCAAUCAUCAGUCAUUUGUGUAAGUGCUGUGUUUGUAGUCAAUUUGUUUACUGUAAAAUAGCAUUGUAUCUGGUCAAACACAAUUUUGUCCAAUAGUUUACUAAGGGUUGGUAACAGGCUGAUUGGUCGGCUAUUUGAGCCAGUAAAGGGGGCUUUACUAUUCUUAGGUAGCAGAAUGACUUGUGCUUCCCUCCAAGCCUGGGGGCACACACGUUCUAGUAGGCUUAAAUUGAAAAUAUGGCAAAAGCAUUGGACUACUAACAUCGCUAAUAUAUAUAUAUAUAUACAGUGGGGAAAAAAAGUAUUUAGUCAGCCACCAAUUGUGCAUGUUCUCCCACUUAAAAAGAUGAGAGAGGCCUGUAAUUUUCAUCAUAGGUACACGUCAACUAUGACAGGCAAAAUGAGAAAAAAUAAUCCAGAAAAUCACAUUGUAGGAUUUUUAAUGAAUUUAUUUGCAAAUGAUGGUGGAAAAUAAGUAUUUGGUCAAUAACAAAAGUUUCUCAAUACUUUGUUAUAUACCCUUUGUUGGCAAUGACACAGGUCAAACGUUUUCUGUAAAUCUUCACAAGGUUUUCACACACUUUUUCUGGUAUUUUGGCCCAUUCCUCCAUGCAGAUCUCCUCUAGAGCAGUGAUGUUUUGAGGCUGUCGCUGGGCAACACAGACUUUCAACUCCCUCCAAAGAUUUUCUAUGGGGUUGAGAUCUGGAGACUGGCUAGGCCACUCCAGGACCUUGAAAUGCUUCUUACGAAGCCACUCCUUCGUUGCCCGGGCGGUGUGUUUGGGAUCAUUGUCAUGCUGAAAGACAUUUCAUCUUCAAUGCCCUUGCUGAUGGAAGGAGGUUUUCACUCAAAAUCUCACGAUACAUGGCCCCAUUCAUUCUUUCCUUUACACGGAUCAGUCGUCCUGGUCCCUUUGCAGAAAAACAGCCCCAAAGCAUGAUGUUUCCACCCCCAUGCUUCACAGUAGGUAUGGUGUUCUUUGGAUGCAACUCAGCAUUCUUUGUCCUCCAAACAUGACGAGUUGAGUUUUUACCAAAAAGUUAUAUUUUGGUUUCAUCUGACCAUAUGACAUUCUCCCAAUCCUCUUCUGGAUCAUCCAAAUGCACUUCAGACGGGCCUGGACAUGUACUGGCUUAAGCAGGGGGACACGUCUUGCACUGCAGGAUUUGAAUCCCUGGCGGCGUAGUGUGUUACUGAUGGUAGGCUUUGUUACUUUGGUCCCAGCUCUCUGCAGGUCAUUCACUAGGUCCCCCCGUGUGGUUCUGGGAUUUUUGCUCACCGUUCUUGUGAUCAUUUUGACCCCAAGGGGUGAGAUCUUGCGUGGAGCCCCAGAUCGAGGGAGAUUAUCAGUGGUCUUGUAUGUCUUCCAUUUCCUAAUAAUUGCUCCCACAGUUGAUUUCUUCAAACCAAGCUGCUUACCUAUUGCAGAUUCAGUCUUCCCAGCCUGGUGCAGGUCUACAAUUUUGUUUCUGGUGUCCUUUGACAGCUCUUUGGUCUUGGCCAUAGUGGAGUUUGGAGUGUGACUGUUUGAGGUUGUGGACAGGUGUCUUUUAUACUGAUAACAAGUUCAAACAGGUGCCAUUAAUACAGGUAACGAGUGGAGGACAGAGGAGCCUCUUAAAGAAGAAGUUACAGGUCUGUGAGAGCCAGAAAUCUUGCUUGUUUGUAGGUGACCAAAUACUUAUUUUCCACCAUAAUUUGCAAAUAAAUUCAUUAAAAAUCCUACGAUGUGAUUUUCUGGAUUUUUUUCCCUCAAUUUGUCUGUCAUAGUUGACGUGUACCUAUGCUGAAAAUUACAGGCAUCUCUCAUCUUUUUAAGUGGGAGAAUUUGCAACAAUUGGUGGCUGACUAAAUACUUUUUUUCCCCACUGUAUAUACAUAGAUAUUUCAUUUAUAGAUCUCUACACAUACAGUAUAUACAUAUACAGUCACCUCCAAAAUGAUUGGCAUCUUGAUAAAGAUGAGCAGAAAAGACUGUAUAAAAUCAAUAAUACAAAAACUGAGCUAUAUUUAAUGCUAAAACAAAAUUAGACAAUGAUAUUAUGUUAUACUAAUACAAUUUCUCAGAGAAAGUGAUUUUGUUUAUUAAGCAAUAUAUGUUUUCCUCAAAAAUAAAGGUGUCAAAAUUAUUGGCACCCCUAAAUAUUCUUAUAAUUAAAAUCAAACAAAAUGGAAACUGGAUUAAAAUUUGACUUAAAAAAAUGUAUUUUAGUUUAAGAAAGUGUAUUGUGGCCUUCCAUGGCUUCCUGUGCCACUGGGGUAUAAAACAUUAUGUAACAUGCAUGAAAAUCAAUUUUUCAUCCAUCACCAUGGGUAAAGGCUACUAUAAAAUAAAGAUAAAUUAUAUAAAGAAUUAUACUAAAACGCUUUGGAGCAUCUUAAAUAUAAUUUUGGGCAAAAAGGCAAACUCAGCUCCAUCAUUCAUUGAGUCAGAUGGCUCAUUCAUCACAAAACCUUAUAUUGCCAACUACUUUAAUGAUUUUUUCAUUGGCAAGAUUAGCAAAUUUAGGCAUGACAUGCCAUCAACAAACACCGAAACAUACACAUCUAAGUAUAACUGACCACAUUUUGAAAGACAAGCAUUGUAAUUUUGAGUUCCGUAAAGUGAGUGUGGAAGGAUUGAAAAUUAUUGUUGUCUGUCAACAAUGAAAAGCAACCUGGGUCUGAGGAUGAUAGCGGAUGAUAUUGCCACUCUACUUGCCAUCUCUUUAAUACAAGCUUACAAAAAAGUGUGUGCCCUCUGGACUGGAAGGAAGCAAAAGUCAUUCCGCUACCCAAGAAUAGUGAAGCACCCUUUAGUGGCUCAAAUAGCCGACCAAUCAGCCUGUUACCAACCCUUAGUAAACCUUUGGAAAAAAUGUGUGUUUGACCAGAUACAAUGCUAUUUUACAGUAAACAAAUUGACAACAGACUUUCAACACGAUUAUAGGGAAGGGCAUUCAACAUGCACGGCACUUACACAAAUUACUGAUGAUUGGCUGAGAGAAAUUGAUAAUGCAAAUAUUGUGGGAGCUGUUUUGUUACAUUAUUGAUCACAGUAUGCUGCUGGAAAAAUGUAUAUGUUAUGACUUUACACCCCCUGCUAUAUUGUGGAUUGAGAGUUCCCUGUCUAACAGAACACAGAGGGUGUUAUUUAAUGGAAGCCUCUCCAACAUAAUCCAGGUAGAAUCAGGCAUUCCCCAGGGCAGCUGUCUAGGCCCCUUACUUUUUUCAAUUUACUAAUGACAUGCCACUGGCUUUGAGUAAAGCCUGUGUGUCUAUGUAUGCGGAUGACUCAACACUAUACAAGUCAGCUACUACAGCGAGUGAAAUCACUGCAACACUUAAUAAAGAGCUGCAGUCAGUUUCAGAAUGGGUGGCGAGGAAUAAGUUAGUCCUAAAUAUUUUAAAAACUAAACGCAUUGUAUGUAAAAAUCAUUCACUAAACUCUAAAUGUCAACUAAAUCUUGUAAUAAAUAAUGUGGAUAUAUAAUGUGGAAAGUAGAAAGUUGAGGAGACUAAACUGCUUGGAGUAACCCUGGAUUGUAAACUGUUACGGUCAAAACAUAUUGAUACAACAGUAGCUAAUAUGAGGAGAGGUCUGUCCAUAAUAAAGCGCUACUCUGCCUUCUUAACAACAAUAUCAACAUGGCAGGUCCUAGAGGCCUUAGUUUUGUCGCACCUGGACUACUGUCUAGUCGUGUCGUCAGGUGCCACAAAGAGGGACUUGGGAAAAUUACUACUGAACAGGGUAACACAUCUGGCCCUUGAUGUACAUGAAGAGCUAACAUUAAUAAUAUGCAUGUCAAUCUCUCAUGGCUCAAAGUGGAGGAGAGAUUGACUUCAUCACUACUUGUAUUUGUGCGAGAUCUCUUCACAGUCCCUACGUCCAAAACAGACUAUGGGAGGCGCACAUAAACCAUGACUACAUGUAACUCUAUUCCACAUCAAGCAACUCAUGCAAGCAGUAAAAUUAGAUUUAAAAAACAGAUACAAAUGCACCUCACAGAACAGCGAGGAGUUACACACACAGGAACAAACACACACAUACAAACACACAUAACAUACACACUAUACACACACGUACACUUGGAUGGUGUGUUGUAGUAGAUUAGUGGCCGUAGGACACAAAGUUAAUGUAUUGUGAAAUCUGUUGGAAAAUGUAUUUUAAUGUUUAAAAAUUGUAUUAUUAUGAAUAUUGCUUCCCUAAUUUUUGCUAGACCCCAGGAAGAGUAGCUGCUGCCUUGGCAGGAACUAAUGGGGAUCCUUAAUAAACCCCAGGAAGAGUAGCUGCUGCCUUGGCAGGAACUAAUGGGGAUCCUUAAUAAACCCCAGGAAGAGUAGCUACUGCCUUGGCAGGAACUAAUGGGGAUCCUUAAUAAACCCCAGGAAGAGUAGCUGCUGCCUUGGCAGGAACUAAGGGGGAUCCUUAAAAAAGCCCAGGAAGAGUAGCUGCUGCCUUGGUAGGAACUAAUGGGGAUCCUUAAUAAACCCCAGGAAGAGUAGCUGCUUCCUUGGCAGGAGCUAAUGGGGAUCCUUCAUAAACCCCAGGAAGAGAAGCUGCUGUCUUGGCAGGAGCUAAUGGGGAUCCUUAAUAAACCCCAGGAAGAGAAGCUGCUGUCUUGGCAGGAAUUAAUGGGGAUCCAUAAUACAUACAAGUAGUAAUACAGCAAAUACUUCAAUUGUUUAAGCAUAUGUUGCAGAACAGUGAUUGCAAUAUUUUUUUCUUAAUAUUUACAAAACAAAAUUGAUCUUAAGGGGGUUAGCCGUCAGUGAUGGAGUUGACAAGCCACUGACGGAGUUGACAACAGAUACUCAAAACAUAUUUGUCUGUGUGUCGUCCACACCUAGAUAGGGGUUGUCUGGUGCUGUCCCUUUUAUGGGUUACCUAAUGAGCAGAUUGCGGACUUAAGAAAAAACUUGAGUCAUCAGAAUACAUCUCUGAGCAAUUGUGUUAGUAUAAGAAAUAUAAUAAAAAAUAAAAAAUAAUUACAUGCAAUAUACUGUAGCUCAGUAUUUGUAUUAUUUAUACAGUUUUGUUGCUAAUGUUUAUCAAGGAUGUCAAUAAUUAUGGAGGUGACUGUAGAUACAUGGUCCAUAUAGACACGUGGUAGAUGAAUGCUUCACGAACAGGUUUUAGGAGGUCAGUCUGGGUGAAGCUGGAGUAACAGCUCUCUUUUAAACUGUACAGUUAUGUAUUUUAUUUAAAGGUUGUUGUCACUCCCACCUUAGGGCCAGUGAUUCAUAUUCUUACUUAGCCUUUUCUACAGUAAGUAUGCCUGCCCUAGAUGUUAUCACAAUCCACCAGCCUAAUUUUAAUUCACUAAAGUAAAAAUAAACAGCCAUUACAGAUGGUUAGCUAUAGCUCUCUGAAACUGAUUGAAAUGCUCUAAAUGUUCUGUUGUCUAAGGUGACAGUGAGACAGACGUGGGGGAAAAAUCUGUCUGAUUCAUAAAUCAUCUUUAGGAGCACCUAUGACAUCGACUGGAUGGAAGCACUGUGCCAAAGUCCCAGAUACUAAAGUUUAUACUAAGAUUUAACAACCAUAAUGUACAAAGGGCCAAAAUGUUAUGUUUCACUGUAUUGCAGUGGUGAAAUCACUCCUAUGAAUUUGAUAGAAACGUUGUGUCACAGUUAUUUUAAUGUCAGCUUUGUCAAUGGUCAAAUAGUUACUUACUAAACUAAUGUGUAGUCCUUAUUAGUUGCAAAUUCAUGUUCAAGAACUACUCCAUGAAUAUACAUCUUCUACUAGAACUCAUCUUCUACUAGAACUCAUCUUCUACUAGAACUCAUCUUCUACUAACUCAUCUUCUACUAACACAUCUUAUACUAACUCAUAUUCUACUAGAACUCAUCUUCUACUAGAACUUAUCUUCUACUAACUAAUCUUCUACUAACUCAUCUUCUACUAACUCAUCUUCUACUAGAACUCAUUUUCUACUAGAACUCAUCUUCUACUAACUCAUCUUCUACUAACCCAUCUUCUACUAGAACUCAUCUUCUACUAACUAAUCUUCUACUAACUUCUCUUCUACUAACUCAUCUUCUACUAGAACUCAUCUUCUACUAGAACUCAUCUUCUACUAACUCAUCUUCUACUAACUCAUCUUCUACUAACUCAUCUUCUACUAACUCAUCUAUUACUAGAACUCAUCUUCUACUAACUCAUCUUCUACUAGAACUCAUCUUCUACUAACUCAUCUUCUACUAACUCAUCUUCUACUAACUCAUCUUCUACUAACUCAUCUUCUACUAGAACUCAUUUUCUACUAGAACUCAUCUUCUACUAACUCAUCUUCUACUAACCCAUCUUCUACUAACCCAUCUUCUACUAGAACUCAUCUUCUACUAACUUCUCUUCUACUAACUCAUCUUCUACUAGAACUCAUCUUCUACUAGAACUCAUCUUCUACUAACUCAUCUUCUACUAACUCAUUUAUUACUAGAACUCAUCUUCUACUAGAACUCAUCUUCUACUAACUCAUCUUCUACUAGCUCAUCUUCUACUAGAACUCAUCUUCUACUAACUCAUCUUCUACUAGAACUCAUCUUCUACUAACUCAUCUUCUACUAGAACUCAUCUUCUACUAGAUCUCAUCUUCUACUAGAACUCAUCUUCUACUAACCCAUCUUAUACUAACCCAUCUUCUACUAGAACUCAUCUUCUACUAGAACUCAUCUUCUACUAACUAAUAUUCUACUAACUUCUCUUCUACUAACUCAUCUUCUACUAGAACUCAUCUUCUACUAGAUCUCAUCUUCUACUAGAACUCAUCUUCUACUAACUCAUCUUCUACUAACUCAUUGUUAUUGGAUGGUCAUUGCUCUGUCUCUCCAGUCUUGUGUAGAGUUUUGUCUCAGACUGUAGAAAGAAUAGAUAGCAUCCGUAUUUCUAUUCUCCGUAAGUAACCAUCCUCAUUCAGGCAGCGCUGCUUUGGUUCCUUAAGGGACUUCUGUCACUUUGCAGUGGUUCAGACUGACGACAACAUUCACAGCAAGUGAACCCCCAACAACAACAACAACAACAACAACCCUGUACACCAUGUCUAUGCUAUACAUUUACAUUUACGUCAUUUAGCAGACGCUCUUAUCCAGAGCGACUUACAGUUAGUGCAUACGUUAUUCUUUAUUUAUUUAUUUUCAUACUGGCCCCCCCCAUGGGAAUCGAACCCACAACCCUGGCGUUGCAAACGCCAUGCUCUACCAACUGAGCUACCUCCCUGCCGGGCCAUUCCCUCCCCUACCCUGGGCCAAUUGUGCGCCGCCCCAUUGGUCUCCCGGUUGCGGCCGGCUACAGCAGAGCCUGGCCUAUAGCUACCGGGACAUAGUAUUGGCCUCCUUCUUCCCUCUGCCAUGGGUCCCUGCUAUAGUGGUACUGGUUCUAAACCUACCGGGAAGUGAGGUGAACACGUUUGGUCUGUAUUGUACCGUUCACAGUCAGAAUGUAUGUAUCUUAAUCUCAUUUCAUAGCUUUGCCUAGACAGAGUAAUCUCUUACAACAUUAUGUGCAGCAUGAAGCUUAUAUCUUUAAAGAGGAUGCUUUUUUCUUGUUUUAGCAUGAAACUGCUUCUGACUGAAAGUGCUUCAAAGACCCUCUUUGUUUCGUAAAAUGCAUGGGUCUCAUUCAGGUUCUUAGCUAUUUCUCUCUCUCCCUCUCUCUUUCUGUCUCUCUUGCUCUCUCUGUCUCUUUCCUUCUCUUUUUCUCUCUCUCUCUCCCGCUCUCUCUCUACUCUCUUUCUCUCUCUCUCGCUCUCUUGCUCUCUCUCGCUCUCUCAAUUCAAUUUCAAUUUAAGGACGUUAUUGGCAUGGGAAACGUAUGUUAACAUUGCCAAAGCAAGUGAAGUAGAUAGUAAACAAAAGUGAAAUAAACAAUAAAUAUUAACAGUAAACAUUACACUCAGAAGUUCCAAAAGAAUAAAGACAUUUCAAAUGUCAUAUUAUGUAUAUAUACAGUGUUGUAACGAUGUGCAAAUAGUUAAAGUACAAAUGGGAAAAUAAAUAAACAUACAUAUGGGUUGUAUUUACAAUGGUGUUUGUUCUUCACUGGUUGCCCUUUUCUUGUGGCAACAGGUCACACAUCUUGCUGCUGUGAUGGCACACUGUGGUUUUUCACCCAGUAGAUAAGGGAGUUUAUCAAAAUUGGGUUUGUUUUCACAUUCUUUGUGGAUCGCUGUAAUCUGAGGGAAAUAUGUGUCUCUAAUAUGGUCAUACAUUUGGCAGGAGGUUAGGAAGUGCAGCUCUCAUGAUUUGGUUGGGUCUAAUUGUGUUGUUUCGCUCUCUCUUCUCUCUCUCUCUCUCUCUCUCUCUCUCUCUCUCUCUCUCUCUCUCUCUCUCUCUCUCUCUCUCUCUCUCUCACUCUCUCUCUCUCUCUCUCUCUCUCUAAAUCAAAACAAUGGCAAAUAUGCCAGGACCCCAUCUUUACCACAUAGCUGAUCUGUGAUCGUAUAUAUUAGUGCUACAUUUUUUGGGGGGGAAGGCAAUUACUUUGAACAGUCAGAGCCAGUUUCUCAUGGGGAUUACAUGCAUUUUGUUUUCAUUUUCCUCGGGCUUCAAUGUUUUCCUACUGAUUUAGUCCUCCUUGGGUGAAAGGCUGUUUAAUGUGGAGUCUCUCUGUCCCUUUAAUCUAUUGUGGUCUUGCAGUGCAUUUAACAAGCUUAUCUCCAUGGCUUCCCUUUCAACUGUCUCUCUCACAUAUGAACUUGACAUUUUGUGAGCCGUCUCCUCAUUUCCAAAGUAGACACAAGAUAGUAAGGUCAAAAUUGAAUCAAAUGUGACUUAAAGCAGUUGCACUGAGGAGGGCAGGGGGCUAAAACAGGUAUUUAAUUAAGAAGCACCAGGAGAUACAAGGACAGUAGUGUGACAGGACCACCUAAGAAGAAUCUGCUGAGCGGUGGCAGUGAGCAGACAGUACUUUAACACUUCCUCCAUCAGUAUUCAUGUAAAAUAGUUAAGUAUAACUGAAUUCCAAGGAACUUGAGCAUGGUUUGAUGUCAUUGUGUGUGUUGUUGGCCUUCUAUUAUAUGUGUAGAUUCCAUCUGUCAGUUUCUUGUUUAUAACAUAGAUUUGUUGAAAAAUUGUAAAAGCACUAAACUUUAAACCGAAUUGCCUUUUUUGGUUAUGGACAUAACUGUUUACCUCAGUCUCAGCAUCCAACAUUUACUUAGGCCUAAGUAUUUCCUAAAUAAGUGGAUAUUUUCCUCUGGAUUUAAUCUCAAAGCAAAUAUUUUGAGAACAUUAAAGAUCUUUCACCCCAGUGUUUUGCUUCAGUGAGAGCAAACAUCUGUUAAAGUUAAAACAAACUAGAGCUUGUUGGUGUUGAUUCUGGAAAAUGAAACCAGCUGUGUAAGUCUAGUACCAUCUUACAGUACCACUAGUACUGUAUGACGUCAUAUAAGAUAGUCAUGUUUCAGGUGAAGAGCAUGUGAAAUACCCAGAAAUCAGGCCAUGAAUGUAUACAUGCAUGCACUGAUGAAUAACAAAGCAAUUAGUAACAUGCUCCAGGAUGUACAGCACAGUAGUUCCAUGUAGUUCAGUAACAUGGGACUGAAGCUCACUAAUUAUCUGCGUUCUUCAUUAUCUCCCUGUCUCUACAGAGUGUGAGUGAGUUUGGCCUGGACAUCAUCGAGACCCCAGAGGGAGACAGAUGGCCUCAGCUGAUCGUCCAGCAGAGCCUGGACCGCGAACAGAAGGACACCUUCGUCAUGAAAAUCAAGGUGGAGGACGGAGGAACCCCCCCAAAGUCCAGCACGGCCAUCCUCCAGGUCACCAUCGCCGACGUCAACGACAAUCGACCGGUCUUCAAGGACAGCGAGGUGGAGGUGAACAUCCCAGAGAACGCCCCCAUGGGAACCUCCGUCACCCAGCUCCACGCCACGGACGCAGACCUCGGCUCCAACGCCCAGAUCCACUUCUCCUUCUCCAACCAGAUUUCCUCGUCCACCAAGAGGCAUUUUGCCAUCGACAGCACCACCGGGCUGAUCACCGUCAAGCAGCCCUUAGACCGGGAGUCCACCCCGGUCCACAAACUCAUCGUCCUGGCCAGCGACGGCAGCUCCACCCCCUCCAGAGCUGCGGUUAUCGUCAACGUAACGGACAUUAAUGACAACGUUCCGUCCAUAGACACUCGGUACAUAAUGAACCUUGUUAAUGGAACGGUUCUGCUGUCAGAGAACGCUCCUCUCAACACAAAAAUAGCCCUAAUUACAGUGACGGACAAGGACCUGGAUCUGAACGGCAAAGUGACUUGUUACACCGACCACGAUGUUCCUUUCAGGUUAAAGCCAGUCUUUAAUGACCAGUUCCUGCUGGAGACUGCGGCUCCCCUAGAUUACGAAACAACCAGGGAAUAUGCAAUUAAGAUAGUGGCGUCGGAUUCUGGGAAGCCUCCUUUGAACACUUCAGCGAUGGUUUUAAUUAAAAUGAAGGACGAGAAUGACAACGCUCCCAUCUUCCCUCAGCCUGAGAUUCAGCUGUCCAUACCAGAGAACAAUGAUCCGUCCACGCAGCUCAUAAAGAUCAGUGCCACAGAUGCAGACAGCGGACAUAAUGGUGAGAUUAUUUAUUCUCUUGGCCCUGACGCUCCCGAUGGGUUUAACAUAGAUCGGCGGUCAGGAAUCCUGUCCGUUGGCAAACGCCUGGACAGAGAGAAGCAGGAGAAGUAUUCGUUCGCUGUCAUGGCGAGGGACAAUGGGUCUACUUCGCUGCAGAGCAAUGUCACAGUGAGGUUGAUAGUGCAGGACCUCAACGACAACAGCCCAGCUUUCACCCAUCCUGAGUAUAACUUCUACGUGCCUGAGAAUCUGCCUCUAUAUGGGACAGUGGGUCUGAUCACCGUCACAGACUCUGACGCAGGUGACAACGCCGUCGUAACGCUGUCCAUCCUGAACGGGAAAGACAAUUUCGUUAUUGAUCCCCGGACCGGUGUGAUCAAACCCAACAUCACGUUUGAUAGAGAGCAGCAGAGCUCUUACACUUUUAUGGUGAAGGCCGUAGACGGAGGGCAACCGCCCAGCACUUCAUACGCCAAGGUCACCAUAAACGUUGUGGACGUCAAUGACAAUCGACCCGUUUUUGUUAUCCCCUCGUCCAAUUACUCUUACGAUCUGGUCCAGUCUACCACCAGCCCUGGGUCUGUGGUCACCAGAGUGUUCGCUAUGGACAAUGACACUGGCAUGAACGCUGAGCUGCGGUACAGCAUCAUUGGAGGAUCACCAAGAGGCCUGUUUGCCAUAGACAAAACAACUGGUAAUAUAACUCUGCAGGAGAAGGUAGUCUCAGCCGAUCAGGGUUUACACCGGCUGGUGGUGAAAGUCAAAGACCUGGGCCAGCCAGAGUCCUUACACGCCAUCGCCCUCAUUCAUCUGUUCAUUAACGAGACCGUUUCCAACGCUACGUUCAUUCAGGAGCAGCUACGUAAGAGCUUGGAGACUCCAUUGGACCGUAACGUGGGAAACAGUGAGGUCACACCCCAAGUCAACGGAUACGUGAUUGUUGUCAUCGCUAUUAUAGCUGGGACUAUGACAGUCAUCUUAGUCAUCUUCGUGACGGCCUUGGUGCGCUGCCGCCAGACGCCCAGGCAUAAAGUGGUGCAGAAGGGCAAGCAGAGCGGCGAGUGGGUGUCGCCCAACCAGGAGAACCGUCAAAUCAAGAAGAAAAAGAAGAAAAAGAAGAGAUCCCCUAAGAGCCUCCUCUUGAACUUUGUCACCAUAGAAGAAUCCAAGUCUGAUGAUCCCAGCCAGGAGCACAUUAAUGGAACCCUGGACCUCCCCGUGGAGCUAGAUGAGCAGACCAUGGGGAAAUACAACUGGGCCACUACUCCGACCACCUUCAAACCUGACAGUCCAGACUUAGCCAAGCAUUACAAGUCCGCCUCCCCACAGCCGACCUUCCAAAUCAAACCAGAGACCCCGAUGGCGCCCAAUAAACAUCACGUGAUUCAGGAGCUGCCGCUGGACAACACGUUUGUGGUGGGCUGUGACUCGCACUCCAAGUGCCUCUCCACCAGCUCGGACCCGUACUCUGUCUCAGAGUGCAGCUGUCAGGGGGGAUUCAAGACUCCUGGGCAAAUCCACACCAGACAGGUAAUUCAUAACUUAUUUUCUAAAGCCACCUACUGUUCCCACUCCAACUCCCCGUACCACUGUCCCUUUGUUGAUAAGGAGGGUGAUGGGUGGCAGCGGGAGGGAGCCUGGGGAUUGAACCACACAAAAAGUCACACGUGCAUGAAUGUCAUCAGCAUUGAAUAUUGAGGAAGAAUACCUCAGAGAGGAAGGAGGGAACUGAAGUCAGGGCCAAGAAACUUCAACCAAAUGAAAUCUAUCUUUACUUCCCAGACAGAGGGGGGGAAAAAAAAACGAAGACAGAUUAUACCUCCCUUCGCUAUCUUGUACUAUAUGUCUAUAAAACCCUUUAACCUUAUUUGGGUUAAUGUUCCACUUAAAAGUAUAAUGGCGGCAGUGGAAUGGUCUAGAACUAGUCUUAAAUUAGAAUCUUAAGUGAGAAAGGCUGGUGGCAGAGUAAUAGCAUGCUUGAGGGAGAAUCAAGUCGGCCAUGCUACUAAUUGAACUCUGCACAGGUGUAUUUGCUGAGGACCAACAGAUUAAAAGCAGCGCUAAGCUUUUUUGAUUGACACGCCUGAAAAAAAAACUAGCAUGUCUGACGGACAAAGAAAACCAAACAUAGAGUGUUUGAUUUGACAGUCAUCAGCUUAACAGAUAAACGUUGGGUUCAAUCAGCUGCUCACUUUCCACUGAAAUAGCAGGAAACGUAUCCCCCAAGAGUUUCCACUACAGAAUAAUAAAACCUCAUUAAAUAAUACCAGAUUUUGGUUGCGUGCUGGAGAUAUUAAGUGGCGUCUUGACUGUGGAGGCUCUGAAGGCUUUGUGACUGUGAGGAGGAGAGCAAAGCAUAAGGCUCGUUUGCAUGCUACGGUCUGGUCUGAGGCUUAUGAUUCCCUAAGAGAUGUGCCAAAUGCGAAGUGCCCUAAUAAAUAAAAGCAGGCCAGGGAAAUAGAUGUACAUCAGAGGUGAGGAGAGGAGAGGUGGCCUAGCUGAGGGCAGACAACACAGCAGAGCAGAGCAGGGUUGAGCAGAGCAGAGUGGGGUGGAGCAGAGCAGAGCGGGGUGGAGCAGGGUGGGGUGGAGCAGAGCGGGUGGAGCAGAGUGGGGUGGAGCAGAGCAGAGCGGGGUGGAGCAGAGUGGGGUGGAGCAGAGUGGGGUGGAGCAGAGUGGGGUGGAGCAGAGGGGUGGAGCAGAGCAGAGUGGGGUGGAGCAGAGCAGAGUGGGGUGGAGCAGAGCAGAGCAGGUGGGAGCAGAGCGGGGGUGGAGCAGAGCGGGUGGAGGCAGAGCAGAGCGGGGUGGAGCAGAGCAGAGCGGGGUGGAGCAGAGCGGGUGGAGCAGAGCAGAGCGGGGUGGAGCAGAGCAGAGCGGGGUGGAGCAGAGUGGGGUGGAGCAGAGUGGGGUGGAGCAGAGUGGGGUGGAGCAGAGCAGGGUGGAGCAGAGUGGGGUGGAGCAGAGUGGGGUGGAGCAGAGGGGUGGAGCAGAGCAGAGUGGGGGUGGAGCAGAGUGGGGUGGAGCAGAGUGGGGUGGAGCAGAGUGGGGUGGAGCAGAGCAGGGUGGAGCAGAGGGGUGGAGCAGAGCAGAGUGGGGUGGAGCAGAGUGGGGUGGAGCAGAGCAGGGUGGAGCUCUAUGGGAUGGAGACUGA